GACAAAAACAUUUGUCAAGUAAUGAUAAUGAAAUGAAAGUAAAGUCAAGUUAUAGCUGAACGAUUCAGUAGAGUUAAAAAUAUAAUUUUUCUUUCUUAUAAUUUUUUUAUGUCUCUAUAACUGUAUAUUUAACCUAAUGUUUCCGAACUACAUUCUUUGACACAAAAUUAUAUGGCUUGAAGCGUUCUCGUUUUUUCUGUGAUAGUUUUGUCAAAUUGGUCAAAUGAAUUUAAAUAAUAAAACAAUAAGUGGUCGGUGUCAAGUGAUAUCUCCGCCCAUAGUGCCCACUGCGAUCAUUAUGUGAUUAGUAAAGCUGACCAGUUGAAGGGGUUAAAGUGUUGUUUACGAUGUCUGGAGAGGGCGAACGUGUAUCUCGUCCCAACUCCUUGGUGCUCGAAGUGCCGGCGCCUGAACGUGAGCCGCUGCGCUUCGAUGUGCAGCUGGUGGGAGCUCCUCCAGAGGUCGAGCAACUUGUUAAUAACAUCAAGCAAGUCGCUGAAGACUUCCUUUAUCAUUGGAAAACAUUUCCUAUUGUGCUUCCUCAGUCAAGAUUCGCGGGUCCGGGUAAUCGUCCCUCGGAUAUUAUAAUUGCGCCGCCAUGCGACGAACUUGAGGCCGCUGCACUUGACGCGGGCAUCGAACCCCACCCCCUCUCGCCGAAACAGCUGCACUCAAUACGAGAAAAAGGGGAGUUCGAGGUGCCGUCUCGACAAUUCCCUGGACAGACGCACGUAUGGCGAGUAGCUGGGUGGCUCCAACGAGGCAGUGCGAGGGCACGGGAAGAGCUCUAUUGUCACGUAGCGAGGGCCAUCGCCCUCGUCGUAGUAGUUUCUAGGGACAGAUUGUUAAGAGAUGAACCUCUCUCGCUGAUCGCGGGGGCGAAGGCAUUCAUGGAAGGUUUGCAUAGGUUAAUGGAUAUCAUCUUUGGAAUGCCGUCUCUUGAAGCGCGUGACCUCGAAAAGAAAAUACGCGAGGAGCGUUCGCGUUAUCUCGUCGCCGAACUUAUUUGUAAGCCUGAAGAUCAAGAAGACAUAGCAGCUUUAGCGGCGUGGGUGACGCGGGAGAUGCGACCUAACAAGAUGAGAGACGCGAGAGGUGACCCACGCAAUGCCCCCAGGGUACCGUAUCUCUACACCACCCCUCAAAGGACGCAGGUUGAUCUUCGACUAUUUAGACGAAAGUUAUUACGUAGGGCAGCACCAUCUCUUCAAACGAUUCUGGACAGGGAGUCUCGUGGCUGGUUUCUACAUUUUCGUGAAAGAAGAGCUGCGCUUCUAGCGAGUCAGAAGAUGCCAAUGAAGGAUAUAGAGGAGGAAGUGAGCUCGGCUGCUAUGCGAGAAUACGUCUCGCGUGUGUGCAAUGCGGUGUUGAGCUGUGAGCAGCUCGCAGCGCUGGGGCCCGCAGUGCCCGAGCUGCUCGCCUCGCAGCUGCGGGCCGCCGUCAUCGUGAACAGAGCCGAGGAGGGCGUCCGGCGGAAACUAGAAGCCGGCCUGGCGUCGGCGGAGGCGCGCAUCCGCGCGGCGCGCCCCGUGCUGUCGCGCGCCGACGCGUGGCGCCGCGAGGAGCUGGCGCGCGCGGCGCACGCGCUGCGCAGCGAGCUGCGCUGGGCCGCCAUGGAGGACGCCGCCGCCGCCAUGCAGGCGCACAAGCUGUCGCAGCACCGGUACUUCCUGCUGCGCGACCUCGCCUUCCUGCGCGACCGGGAGCCGCUGCUCAUGAAGGAACUCCGCGCGGCGAAGACGCCGACGCGCGAGUUCUCGUGGGCGACGUACAUCUGGCGGCCGCGCAACUGGAAGGUGUUCCGCGAGUUCCGCGGGCGCACGGAGCGCAUCCCCACCGUCAUCAGCAGCCGCGCCACCAACAUCGUCACGCCGCGCUCCGACCCCUCGCAGCCCGUCUUCAGCCUCAGCCUGGAGAAGGUCCGCGUCAGCACCACGCGCUGGCCCGCCUGGCGGAUCCUCAACUUCGCUCAUAGGACGUGGUCGUGGUCGUGGAACCUGAUGUUCCUGCUGGGCGUGCUGGUGCCGUGGUGCUCGCGCGUGUCGCUGCGCACACUGCUCUGCGUCAAGCCCUUCGUUCCGGACCUCGAGCAGUCGCAGGUGAACGGUACCCUGUUUCCUAAACGCAGCAGCGAGAAGCAAACGAUGUGGUCGCUGCUGUUGAAGCUGUGGCGUCAUGUAUCAAAGGAACGGACGCGAUUCGAGACUGAGCCCGACACAGGACUUCUUGGCAAAGGGCUCAGUAGGCAAGCGAAUAGGUUAUGGAACUACGGCCUAAUCGGCGGACUAGGCUCCUUGGCGCUGCUGCUGGCGUUCCCGCUGUUGGCGCUGGCGGCCAGCGCGCUGUCACUGAUUGCAGCAGCCAGCGUGCCGCUGUGGUUGCCGGUAGUGGCCCUGGCUCUUCACGCCGGCUGCGCGCUGCUCUAUGACCUGGACUGUCCAGAUCCCGCUAGGCUCAAUAGACUCUUCGUUUUAUUUGAAGUACUCGUCUGGCGAAUCGGAAUACUGGGACUGCUCCAGCCGAUCAUCGCGUUCGUGGUCGCCAUCUUCCUCUGUCCCCUCGCCGCCCUCAUUCUGCUCGUCGGCGGGCUGGGCUGGUGGGUGGUGCGCGGCGCGUGGGAGGCGGUGGCGUGGCGGGCGCUCAUCGUGCGCGCGGCGCGCGUGCCCGCGCACGACUCGCGCUUCUGCCGCCGCGUGGCCGGGCCCGCGCUGCACUCGCACGCCUCCUACCAGAUCACAGCGGCGCAGGCAUUAGCGGCGGUGUGUGCGCGCGCAGAACUGGACAUCCUCGCCACGUGGGCGACGGACAUCGAGAUCGCUAUCGAGCGGCCCCUGCGGGAUUAUGAGCAUUUCGUGGAUGCCUGCUUUGGACCUUUUUCCGUCCAAAUCGCUAAGACGGGGUCGUUCAAGCAAGUGGAGAAGGAGUGCGGCGAGCUGGUGUGGUCGGUGCGAGAGAAGCUGGCGGCGCGGCGGCGGGACCUCGCGCUGCCGCUCACGGACGCGGCGCGCGCGCGCGUGCGCAUGUUGCCUCAGGACCUCCGGAAAGCGGUGCACGCGAGCGCGGCCGAGCUGUCGCGGCAGUGGGGGGAGGCGGCGCGCGCGGACGAGUGGUGGGCGGCGCGCGGCCUCGAGCCCAACGACUGGCACGCGCUGGCCGCCAACACGCUCGUCGAGGUUUUCGACGCGGAGGUGCUGGUGGCGCUGGAGGAGAGCGAGGCGCGUGUGGCGCUGGAGACGGGCGUGUGCGCGGGCGCGACGCGCUGGCGGGACCUCACAGCGCGCAGCCCCGCGCCGCCCGACGUGCUCGCCGAGCGCGACGACUGGCGCCCCGCGCCCGGCGUGUGGGGCGAGUGGAGCGGCACGCCGGCGCCGCGCGUGCCGCCGCCCGCGCUGGACGUGUCGGCCUUCAGCCCGCGCGCCGCGCACCUGCCGCCGCUGCCCGUCACGCCCGCCGUCGCGCUCGUGCUGCACAACCGAGAAUCCGAUAACCCCGUGCCGCUGGAUUCAGAACUCUGUAUGGAAAUACUUAAACGUCUGGAUGAUACGCCGGACCGCGAUGACGUCAGAGACGACGUCGAAAGGUACCGAGGCGGCGGCAGCGAAGCGACGAGCGAGACGAGCGGCUCCGACUCGCCGGACGACGACGCGGCGCGCGCGCAGCCGCCCGCGCGCACGCCCGACGCCGCGCUCUGCCGGAUAUCCCCAACGACGGAAAGAGCCGCUUGUAGAUGGACUCUGACUGGUCGAGGAGUUCGUUUAAGAGCGGAUCUGGCGAGCCCAGAAGACGUCACUCUCGACAUAGACCGACACGUCGGCACUUCGGUCUGAGCACACGCUUAUAAAGUGAUUUUCAUUUGCAGCUAACUUCUAAUUCAACGACGAAGAGAAGAACAUAUUAUAUAAAUGCUUCUGUUUACACUACGUCUGGAGGUGCCUAAAUGUUAACUAGCAUCAAACAAGUCAAGGAUUGUAUAGGGAAU